AUGGACAAUUCCCUCUGGGACACCACGGUCAUCUCCUAUGAAGGACGUGCUUCACAGGUCUUUAUAUUUGUCAUCUGGAUUACAGCAGACUUUUAUAUUCUCACUAUCAUGUCCUAUGACCGCUACGUUGCCAUCUGCAAGCCCCUGCACUACGGGAGCCUCCUGGGAAGCAGAGUUUGUGCCCAGAUGGCAGCAGCUGCCUGGGGCAGUGGCUUUCUCAAUGCUGUCCUGCACAUGGCCAAUACAUUUUCCCUGCCCCUCUGCCAAGGCAAUGCUGUGGACCAGUUCUUCUGUGAAAUCCCCCAGAUCCUCAAGCUCUCCUGCUCAGGUGCCUACAUUAGGGAAGUUGGGUCACUUGUCUUUACCAUUUUUUUGGCCUUUGGUUGUUUCGUUUUCAUUGUGCUGUCCUAUGUGCAGAUCUUCAGGGCUGUGCUGAGGAUGCCCUCUAAGGAGGGCCAGCAUAAAGCCUUUUCCACGUGCCUCCCUCACCUGGCUGUCGUCUCCCUCUUUCUCAGCACUGCUAUGUUUGCAUACCUGAAACCCCCCUACAUCUCUUCCCCAGCCCUGGACGUAGUGAUGGCAGUUCUGUACUUGGUGGUGCCUCCAGCACUUAACCUCCUCAUCUACAGCAUGAGGAGCAAGGAAGUCAAGGAUGCCUUGAUGAAACUUAUGCCUAGGUGUGUUUAA